AGCUGUUGUUGUCGUUUGCGCCGCGGCACGACCACGACCAUGUCCUCUGUGCUGAAGGCAACGCAGGUGGCUGGCGAUGGCACGAAUGCCACGCUCCACUUGACGCUGGAGGACAACCUCAUCACCUUCUACUCGAAGGUCGACCGGAAUGGGAACCUCUGCGGCGCCACUGGUCAAAUAUCUCUGCAGCACCUCCGCGCAGUGUUUUUGAAGGGGAAUCAGCUCUUCAUCGAAACACCCGAGCAAACAUGGCAGCUGCACAUUUCUUCCGAGAGCGAAGCACAGCAUUGGGCCGAGAUUGUGGAGGAAGCGAGUGCGGAGUGGGCGCGACGAGAGACGCGGGCCGCCGUGCUUCGCGCCAUGCAGCGCAUGCGAGACGAUGGCGAGCAGGUGCAAGAGAGCGACAGCGUGACGCCGAAAGUUGCGUCCAUCAUCAAGUCUGCGGACAUGCAGCGCGGUGUUGGGGAGCACGAGCACCCCCACUUUGCCGGCUACGUCGACCUCGUCACCACAUCCCGCUUCCAGACGAAACGCACCCCAUACUACGCCAUCUUGGGCGAGCAUGCGCAGCUGCGGCUGUACGAAUCCUACGAGGAGGCGCAGCACAAACGGCCCUCCAAAGCCAUCCUCAACCUCACGGAGACGCGUUCCAUCGAGCUCGAUGGUGACACAGUCCACAUCGUCACCCCGUCGCGCACCGCCGUCCUCAGCACCACAAACAACUUCACGGAAGCAGCCAAGCUCGCCCGGGCAAUAGCAGCGCGCACAGACGCGCACGUGCGUAUGUCUGAUCGUGCCAUGGAGCACUUGGGAGUUCAGCAAGGACACAUGCAAGAGAGCGAGUACGAGAACAUGGAGGACUUGAUGGCUGCGCGGGAGCUGCACAAUUUCAUCCACGAGGCGCAGCAGUUCCAACAUGUGUUCAAGGGCUCAAGCAUCGUCUACGCGGGAUUCAUGCACAAGCUCCGCGGCACAGGGCUCAGGGCCUGGCAGCGCCGGUUCUUUGUGCUGCACAACAGCGGUGUGUUGCGCUACUACGACCAGGCCUGGGCGCCCGGGUCCCAUGUUGCCCCGAAGAAGCAUCUGCUCAUCACCGCGUGCGUUGCAGUGGAAUACGGGUCCGACAUGACUGUGGACACGCGCUGGCCGGCAGAUGUCCCGCCAGAACGCAGACUCGCCAUUGUGUUUCCGUCGCGAAUCUACUUCAUGUACUGCGAGACGGUACAGGCGUGCAAGGCGUGGGUGGAGUGGCUGCAAGACGUGUCUGGACUCACCGCCGCCAACGCCCUCGACGCCGUACACGACCCAGACAUUGAGGAGCAAGAGGCGCAAGCGUUUGAUGCCAUCUGCUUCAGUACGUUUGUUGAGAACGAGGAGCACACGUACACGCUGGCCACAGACGUACUCGACACCUCGCUCGAGGAAAUCGACGACAGUGAUGGCGAUGAUGAUGAUGGUGAUGGUGAUGAUGAUGGUGAAGAUGAUGAGGCGGGAUACGCGCGGGUGAAGGUGCGGAAUCGUGGAGGUGCAAACGGCGGUGGUGACGAUAACAAUGGUGAUCGCGCUGGCACUGGGGCCAGCCGUGGUCACGCUGCUCACAACCGUGAUGGUGGCGGUGGACAACGACGACCACGCAUGCCGCUGCCCCGAUUAUCCAUGCUGGCAGAGGAAGUGGACUCGAGUGAUGAUGGUGGCGAUGGUGGUGGACUGAGCAGUGAUGGCGGUGACGACGAUGCGAGGACAGGGUCAGUUGACCACAGGCAGCGCAAAGACGACAGCAGUAGGCCAAAGGGGCAUGCACCUGGUGGCAACAGGGGUACACGCGCGGUGGGGGGUCGCCGGAUGGAUGCAGAUGGCUACGAGGAUGUGAGCGACGAGCCAGAGACAAGCCGCAUGCACCCGCUGGAGUUUGAAGCAAGGCUGGCAGAGAUGGCAGACAUGUACUUCAGCACGGAUGACGAAGACGAUGAUGAUGAUGACGACGAUGAUGAUGAUGAUGGAAUGGAUGGUGAGGAGCCCAUUUAUGCCACCCCUUUUGUGGUGCGGAGCGAUGGCAGUAUCAGCCUGCAGCAGCAGCCAACCAAGCAGUCCCGUGGUAGUGACGAUGGUGGUGAUGGUGAUGGUGGUGGUGGUGCAGCAAUACCACCACAGCUGCCUGAGAGGCGGUAUGUGCUGCCUGAUGACCAGCAGGAUGGCGCCAGUGCCACGAAUCCAAUCCGUACCCGUAACCCACAACAACAGCAACAACAGCAGCAACAACGACAAUUGCAACAGAGCAGCAGAGCAUCAAGAAGUAGCAGCAGUAGCAGCAGCGCUGGUGGUGCUGGUGGUCGCUCGCGCGGGCGGCGGUUGCCAGCGGCGCCUGGUGGAGCGCGGCCGGCGUUUGCGUCCAGGCCCUCCAUACAGGCAGCAUGCAAGGAAACGGUCGCGGAGCGAAUCCAGCGCUUGCAGGCAAGCACACAGCAAGCAAAGCAGGGGCAGCACGGGGAGGUAGCGAAACGUGUGAUUGGGGGCGAGGCAGCGCAGAUGCCACAGACGGGAGGCAGUGGCGAAGGUGGCGUUGAUGGCGGGAACGGUGACAAGGCUGCGGCGUCAGCACCAGACGCUUCGGAACAGUGGUUGCAGCGAGCGAAUCAAGGCAAGCAGGCUCCGAAGAAAAGCAGGGAAAGUGGCGGUGGCGGCGGUGUUGCUGGCCCGCGCCGUCGCCAGCUGCCUGUUGUGCAGCUGCACUCCCUGCGCCGCAGCAGCCCCAUGACAGAAGGAGUUGGUGCCAUCCCUGUGCCGAGACGGGUGAUCAAAGAGCUGCAGCGUGAAGCAUCAACAACAGCACCAGCAACAGCACCAGCAACAGCCACAAGUGGUCAACAGACACAGCAGCACCAGGAGCAUAACAAGGCGGCGGCGAUCAUCGCGACGGUCCCACCACAGCCCAGCGACGCGUGCACAGACGGGCAGCACUGCAGCGCCAACGACGACACGAGCAACAUGGUGAGCGUGCAAGAGCAAGUCCGCUUCUGGCAACGACACAGCGCUCGCCACAAGCACCGACACGGGCACGAGCACGGGCACGGGCACCACGAAUGCCAGCACCAAGCGCAGGGCGCAGAUGCGGCAGACGACAAAGAGCAGCAGCACCAGCACCAGCAGCACCAGCAGCAACAGCGCACGAGCGGUGUUGUGGUGAAGAACGUGACGACGUCUGUGAGCACCGAUGACCAGGGUGAUGUCGCGCACGGCCGUGGGGACAAGAGAGACGGGGACGAUCUCGGCGCCGCUGUGCCGCUGUCGCCUGCACUCGGGACAAGCUCGAGCACAGACGACGCACACGAGCACCUGCAGUCGCAGCGGGGUGGGAGCAGUGAGAACGGCCAUGGUGACCACAACAACAGCGAUGAUGACAGCGCGUCGGGGGCGGGCACAGCACGCCAGACCACGACAACCACAACCAGCAUGAAUGGCGCAGAGGACACGAGCUCCACACGGGCACGUCUGCAGCGACAGGAUGUGGUGUCUGCACACAGCACAACCAGUGCAGUGGCAGGUGUUGAUGAUCAUGCUGCUGAUGGUGGUGAUGUUGAUGAGGAUAAUGGUGGCGCAGAUGCUGAACCAGACACGAACAAGCGCCCCAAUCACGACCACGAUCACGACCACAACCGCGACCACGAUCACGACCACGACCACGAUCACGACCACGAGUCAUCUGACCAGCACCGCCCCCAUCAAUCCCACCGCCACGCCAAGCAUCACGGCCAGCCGCACCACCACCGCCAUCACCGCCAACACCGUCGCAAGUCCAAUGCCUCAGCGGGCGCGAGCACUGCAGACAAGCAUGACGAAGCAUCAGGUGGAGCCCCGAACAGCAAGCCGCCGCUGCCAACCAAGCCCUCAACACUGCCAACACCAACAGCUGCAACCAAGUCAACAACAGCGUCAGCAUCAGCAACAGCAACAGCAUCGCCCCCGCGCGCCCCCACAUCAUCAUCAUCAUCAUCGCCAUCGUCCACACCAUCCAAGGGGAACAUCCACGUUGGGCUGCCACGCCCCCGUGCCGGCGCUGUCGGAAACAAGGGGCGCACCUCCAUCCGCUCGGGCCAGCCCGCGUACAAGCAGGAGAUUGUCAAGCUCUUCAAGGCCUUUUUGCACGCAGACGACUUUCCGAGCCUGCAGGCACACUUCCGGCAGCUGCUGCACGUGACCCGGCUGGUGGACGAUGUGCACUCCAAGGCGUUUUACGCCAAGCUCAAGGCGGCCGUUCUUCCAUAUCUCAACUACAAGCAGCGCGGCAUCUUCAAGACGAUUGACGAGCAGCGUGCCAAGAUGUCGCAGAAGUACAACACGUGCAUCCGCCUUGCUGUUGCCAUUGUUGGCGCAGGGCCCGUCGGCCUCAGAACAGCAAUCGGAAUGGCUCUCCUCGACGCUCAGGUGACUGUCGUGGAACGGCGAACCAACUUCACGCGCUUCAACAUCCUGCACCUGUGGGACUGGAUCUGUGCCGACCUCAUUGCACUCGGCGCCAACCCAAGCGACAUAUUGGGCAAGUCCUUCUUCCACAUUGGCACGAAGAAUCUGCAGAUGAUGCUGUGCCGCAUGGCGCUGCUCCUUGGCGUGCAGGUGAUUACGGGCGUGGAGGCGGUCAACAUGGCAGCUCCGCUUGAUGACGACCCAAACCCAGUCAAGCUGUGGCGGUUGGAGGGGCACCACAUCCAGCAGGGCGUGCGCGUGUUUGUGCCGUGUCACGUCAUGUAUGUCGCCUGCGGUGCAUCUGACGCCCUCACGCAGCGGCUCGGCUUUGAACAGGUCGUCAUGGGCACAAGCAAUGCAAUGGGCCUGGUUGCACACUGGAAGAAUCUGAAGUCUCCGCAGGAGCGACGCUUGGAGGAGUUUUCAUGGGCAAGCCAGUACAACCAGCGCCUCUUUGCCCAGCUCGCAGGCCUGGGCUGCGACCUCGAAAACGUCGUCUACUACCAGGGAGAAACACACUACUUUGUGAUGACGCCGAAGAAGGCGUCACUGCUUGAGUUUGGCGUGCUAAAGGCGAACAAGCCCUCCCCGGCAGACCUGCUUGCGUCAGACAACAUUGACCAGGAGCGGUUGCGCAAGUACGCACAGACGGUUGCGUCGUUCUUUGAGCUGCCAAGCGACCUCCCCGUCCACGAGAAGGCCGGCAUUGCGCUGUUCGACUUCAGCUCGCGCCGCGCGUGCAAGACAAGCAGCCGCGUGCUGACCGAUGCGAAGGGGCGGCAGGCUGCGGUGAUGAUCAUUGGCGACGCGCUGCUGGAGCCGUUCUGGCCGGAGGGGCUGGGCAUCAACCGCGGGUUCCACACUGCCUUUGACGCCAUGUACGUGGUACAGCUGCUCUUCUCCACGGGGCGGACGAGCGACCCGGACGCCCUCGUGAAACUCCGCCAGUCCCUCUUUGAGAAGAUGAAGGGCCUCUCCGCGUUUACAAAGUCAAACAUCGUCAACAGCAAUUUCAAGGGUUAUGAUCUUGAUCCCCGCACGAGGUACAAGCUGUUCCACGCGCCAGGUGGCGGCGACAGAGGCGACGGCGAUGAUGGCGACAAUGACACGGGCGGUUCAUCUGCGCCCUUCCGUCUCUUUUCUGUUUCUCUCCCACAGUCCCGUGGUGUCCAGCACUCAAACGUCUAACACGUGUGUGUGUGUGAGCGUGGAUGUGUGUGUUUGCGUGAGUUGUCAGAGAGGCAGAGACAACGCCGAAGAGAUGGAGAGAAGUGCUGCCAUUCUUGCUUGUUGUGUUUUUUUUUCUCCUCCCUCCUUCUCACCGAUGUUUCGUUAACUGAAUACAUAAAUUUCUACAACGGCCGAAAAAGAAACACAACGAACG